AAGACCUUUUGCCUAUGUACAUCUUUGUCUUAGUCCACUUUGUCUUUAUCUCUCAUUCUCAUUCUCAUUCUCAUUCCCCUUGCUUCCUCCUCUCUCGGCACCAUUCUACGAUACUUGGUUUCAAAAUGAACGGCGAAGACUCGGUUCAAGCACAUGGAGCAACAGCUAGCACGACGGAUCGCCCUCCCAAAGUCCUGAUUUCAGGUGCUGGCCUUGCUGGUCUGCUGUUAGCGAACCUGCUGGAGAAAGCUAAUAUCCCCUACGAGAUCUUCGAGCGCGCCAAGGAAGUCCUUCCCUUGGGUUCGAUUAUGUGUCUGACUGCGAACAUACUGCCAGCGUUUGAGCAACUGGAGCUGUAUGAUGAUCUUAUGAAGGCCUCUUAUCCAAGUCACAGCACCAAGCUCCUCUCUGCCGAUCUAAAGCGCAUUGGUGAAUUCAAUGCCGAGGAGGAUAAGGCUUUAACUGGAUAUCACCGCGCUCUCUUUGCUCGGCCUGAGCUGUAUAAAAUUCUGCUCUCCCGUAUCCCGCCGCAGAAGAUUCACUUGUCCAAGAGGGUGGCCUCGUUCCAUCAGGACAAAGACGGCGUCACUCUGGAGUUUCAAGACAAUACCCCCGCUGUCCAUGGCGAUAUUCUUGUGGGAGCCGAUGGCGCUUAUAGUGCUGUGCGCCAGCAUUUAUACCAGGAACUGGAACAACAAGGGAAACUCCCGCUCGCCGAUAAGCGCAAGUCUCAGAAGGGCUAUAUCUGUUUGGUAGGAACGACAGGUUCUUUGGAUACUACAAAAUUUCCAGGCGUGGAUGUGCCAGCCUCUGAAGGUACCUUGUUAGUCGGCGACAGUGCAUCGCCAUAUGCUUGGAGUACAUUCACUGUUCCCGGAAACAAGAUUUGCUGGAAUGUAGUGGUACAGCUAGAUGUAAAUGCGUCCGAAGAAGAGAAGUUCAAGAACUCGGAAUGGGCAUCGACUACCAACGAAAAGAUGAUCGAAAAGGUCUGCGAGUUCAAGACGCCAUAUGGCAAGAUGGGCGACCUGUUUGAUGCAACACCCAAGGACCAGAUCAGUAGGGUGUUUCUGGAGGACAUGGUCUACGAGACUUGGUACCACUCGCGUACUGUCCUUAUUGGAGAUGCUGCACAUAAGCUACUUCCGAGUACUGGUCAAGGCGCGGUCAACGCCAUGCAGGAUGCAGUUGUUCUCGCAAACUGCCUCUACGACCUCGAGUCUGUGACGCAUGAGAACAUCCAAGCUGCGCUCAAGAACUUUCGCGAACAGCGGUAUGACCAUGUGAAAACGCAGCACGAGGCGAGCCAGUUCGGAGCUAAGAUUCAAUAUGGACAUACUUGGUAUGAGCGUAUUCUGAGACACAUCGUGUUCAAUUAUCUGCCCAAAUCGUUGCAAAGAAACCAUAUUCUCAAGGAUUCCCAGUAUCGUCCCCAGGUUGCUUUCCUUCCUCAGACUGCCAACCGUGGGUCUGGUUCAGUUCAGCCGCAGAGACCGUCAAAGCGCUACGCUGAAGAGCAGGCCAAACUAUCAUCGACACAAGCAGUGUAGAAACGCGAACGACUAAAUAACAACGUGGUGGAUUGGCGAUAUUUUAUUCGGUGUCCUGUCAUAUAAACGUAUGAAAAAAAGGUGCAUGUUGUCUGUAAUGCACGGGAUGAAAAAACUAAAUGUGUUUGUUCUCGUGUCUUGAGGGCUUCUUUUUUCAUGAUCGCGUGGUGCUUAUUCUUAAUUUUAGUACUGGGACCUAUGCAACAGCUGCAGCA